AGUCGAAGGUGGAAAAAAUAAUAUCCUUUGCCAACGCGUCUCCAUGCUAAGAUUCUUAGUCAAGUCCACGCUACACGCGGACCUGGCAAAAUUGCUGGGGAGGAUUAGAAACCCACCCUUGAAAUAAUAAACCCAAUCUAGUUUUUACAGCAACUCAGUCAGCACAAGAGUUUGCGGACCUAGGAGCAAAAACAAGGGAAGCUAAAGGAUUGCUAACCCAAUCUAUAUACAUUCUAUCUGCGAGAUUUAGAAAGGCAGGAUAACACAAAGAAUAUGGCUUUUUCUACGUUUCUUUUCUUUCUUUGUCCUCUUGCCAUUCAUUUCUUGGCUCUCACUUUAGCUCAGCCUCUGCCUAAAAUGUUAUACUACAAUUGCACUGCAGACAAGGGUAUCUACUCCACUAACAGUACCUACCAAGCAAACCUCAAUCGCCUCCUCACUUCCAUCUACACCAACACUGAAAUAGAAAACGGGUUCUACAAUUUCUCGUAUGGACAAGAUCCUGACGUUGUUAAUGCUAUUGCUCUCUGUAGGCCAGACAUUACUCCUCAAGCUUGCCGUGCCUGUAUAAAAAAUGCCAGUAAUUCCCUCCUCACGCUCUGUCCAAACUUUAAGGAGGCCAUUGGAGGGCAAGAUGUUGGAGUGCAAGAGCAAGAUUAUUGUAUGGUGCGCUACGCAAACCGCUUCAUUUUCAGACUAAUGGAAAAGGUACCCUACUUUUUUGUGUAUAGACUGAUUAAUGUCUCCGACGUAAGCGGGUUCAAUCGGUCAAGGUCGACCUUGUUAGACAGCCUACGGGACAAAGCUGCAAAUUCUCCUUACAAGUACGCAAUGGACCAAAUUGCUGCCCCUGACUUUCAAACCAUAUAUGCACUUGUACAGUGCACCCCUGAUUUAACCGAGUCUGAAUGCAGAGAUUGCCUGUAUUAUGCUUCAGGACUUAUUCCACUGUGUUGUGAGGUUAGAAGUGGAGGAAGAGUUAUCGUACCAAGCUGUAAUUUCAGAUAUGAGACAGACCGUUUCUACACUCCUAAGAAUAUUCCGCCCCCAUCACCUCCACCUCCAGGAUCAACUUCAACAGGAAGGAAGAGAAAAGAAUCACGUACUGUCAUCAUUGUAGUUGUCGCAAUAGCAAUUUCUGCAAUUCUUACAAUUUGCCUUUUCAUCUUCUAUAAAGCAAGGAACAGAAAGGAAGAAUUCAAAGCUAUAGAUGAUUAUGAAAUUGGAGAUGCGGAAUCCUUGCAAUUUGACUUUGGCACUGUGAGAACAGCAACAAAUGACUUCUCAGAAGCUAAUAAGCUUGGACAGGGUGGAUUUGGGGCUGUGUACAAGGGUAGGCUUCCCAAUGGACAAGUUAUAGCUGUGAAGAGGUUGUCCAGGGAAUCAGCACAGGGAGAACUAGAAUUUAAGAAUGAGGUCAUAUUGGUGGCCAAGCUUCAGCACAAGAAUUUGGUUAGACUACUGGGUUUCUGCUUUGAAAGGGAAGAAAGGCUUCUUGUCUAUGAGUUUGUGCCUAACUCCAGCCUCAACAACUUCAUAUUUGACCCAGUCAAGAGAGCACAUUUGGAUUGGGAGACACGCUACAAAAUUAUCUCAGGCAUUGCUCGAGGUCUUCUUUACCUUCAUGAAGAUUCUCGACUUCGGAUUAUUCACCGUGAUCUCAAAGCUGGUAACAUUUUAUUAGAUGAAGAGAUGAAUGCAAAGAUCGCAGAUUUUGGCAUGGCAAGAUUAUUUGCAAUAGAUCAAACGCAAGAACAAACAAGUAGAGUUGUGGGGACCUUCGGAUAUAUGGCUCCAGAGUAUGUAACCCAUGGACGCUUCUCUGUCAAGUCAGAUGUUUUUAGCUUUGGUGUCUUAGUUUUGGAAAUUGCAAGCGGCCAAAAGAACAGUGGCGUUGGUAUUGGAGAGGAUGAAGAGGACCUUCUAACAUAUAGUUGGAGAAAUUGGAAUGACGGAACAGCUUUAAAUUUGAUAGAUCCCACCCUGACAGUUGGAUCGAGAAGUGAGAUGAUGAGAUGCAUCCACAUUGGAUUACUUUGUGUUCAAGAACAUGAAGCUAAUCGACCAACAAUGGCUCAAGUUGUUACCAUGCUCAGUACCUACUCUAUUACUCUACCAGUUCCCUCAAAACCUGCAUUUUUUAUGCACAGUGAAUUAAGGAUAGAGGCAUCAUCGUCAAGAGAUUCAACUUCAAGGUUAAAUGAAGGCGUCCAGCAGUCCAUAAACGAAGUUUCGAACUCCGAGCUGUACCCUCGAUAGUGUUUUGAGGAAGGUUAAAAUCAUUAAGCAUGUUCCUGCAGGCUGCAGCAACAGGACCUAGUUGCCUCCAAAUUUUAACAUGCAUACUUUCUUUUUUUUUUUUUGGGAUGUGUAGUUCUCCAAGUGUGUUCGAGUAGGAUCUUAAUUAGACUUUUGAACUGUAUCUUACCUGGAUACAAGUUGAACUGCAAUAACUAAUAUCAGUUUCCGUUUGUCUUGUGAAAAUAAAAAAGUCCAUGGAAAAUAAGUUAGUUUUUA